AUAUAUAAGAGUUAUAUAAGAGUAUAACAUGGUUUAGAUCUUUGGCAGCACUGGUACUCACUGGCUAACUGGAAGAGUGCAGCGAUGGCUUCCUCCCACCACUGGGAUUCCUGCGUGAUGAACGGCAGCUCCAUCAGGCCGAGGAGGAAGAUCAGCUGACCGGCAGUCAGGGCCACGGUCGCCAUCAGGUUGCAGGCUCGCAUCAUGUCGAACUGCACUGGAGUGACCGGGAGAAGAGUUUUCAUUUCUGACGGACACAUGCCAAAGUACCCAGGAUGCUUCAGGAUGCCACGUUACAGUGAGAGUCACAGUGAAAUCCGCUGCCACUGAAUACACUGAAUAAAGAUGGACUCUCAGAGUCACCAGCCAACUUCAGAUGAACUUCAGACACGACUUCAAGCUCUCAAAGAAGAAAAUCUUCAACUGUAUGACAGAAAUGAACGCCUCUUUGCCAAAGUGGGCUACCUGGAGGGCAGACUGGGCCACCUGGCCAGCUCUAACACAGACCUGUCCUGCAGGCUGGUCCACAGCCAAGAGGACAAACUCAAGAUAUCGAAGGAGCUUGUGGACGAGAAAAUCCAAAGCAACAAGAUGAGAGAGCACUUUGAACAAGAGACCUUUGAGCUGAAAAACAAGGUAUUGAACCAAGACAGCGUGAUAACAGAGCUGGAAAUGGAGCGAGACAAAUUAUCUCAGGAGCUUCAGUCGGCUCACGCUCGUCUGAAGGUGGGAGAGAAGAGCGGUCAGGACCUGACAGAGGAGUACGCCACUCUGAGGAAGAGCUACCAGGUUCUGGCCCAGGCCCACAAUAAAGAGCUGAGCCAGAGUGAACAACUGGGCGCUGAGCUGCUGGCACUGGCCCGGGCCCAGGACGCCCUCCGCAGGCAGCUGAAGGAACAGCAGCGGAGUGUCGACACCACCACUGAGGGCCUUCAUGGAGAGCUGGAGAGGGUCCGAGCACUGAUUAGUGGCAUGUCCCGGAACAGGGUCAAGCCUGAUGAUUUGGCAGCUUUGGACAAGGAGCAAAAAACUCUUCUCGGAAACCAAGAUGAGAACAAGGAAAUGCUGGAGAAAAUGAGGCGUGUUCACCAGGAGCAGCAGAAGAAGCUGGAGGAGAAAGUGGCGGCGGUGGGUAAAGAGCACCAGGCGAGCAGGAUCGUGAUCCGUCAGAGCCAACAGAAACUCUCUGAGCAGAAAUCAGCCCUGAUGUUCUCUCAGAGCCAAGUGAAGGAGGUGGAAGACGAGAACUCAAAGCUGCAGCUUCAAGUCAAAGAGCUAAACCAGGAGUAUCGUGCACGACUGGUGUGCUACAUCCAGGACUUAGCUCUGUACAUCGAUGGACUAGGAGACGGUCAAACCCCAGGAGGAGCUAAGAUGAGGGAGUCUGUGGAAAACAUGCUGCGAGACGUGCGUUCGUCUUACAGGGUCAGAGAGGAACAGCUGGUCUCUGCGGCUCGCUCCUAUAAAAAGAGACUGCAGAAGAUCACCACGACCCAUCAGGCUGUGCUCAUGGCAUACAGGGUUCAGAGGGAGCAGAUCUUGUCCAGAGCAGACAGCAGCUUUGACCCUGGACCUCCAGAGGCCUCUUUCAACCCGGAGCUCAUUGAGCUGAGAGAUGAAACUGAGAGGGAGCUUCAUCAACUCCGUGAGGACAAGGCGAGGCUGGAGGUUCAGCUGCAGGCCGCCCGGGAGCAGGUGGCCGCCGUAAAAUUGCCUGUUCCUAAUAUCAGCUGUCAUGAAGCGGCAGCAAAACUGGAGCAGAUGAGUGAGGAGUCGUGGUCGAACAUCAGGACGCAGCUGAAGGAGAUCACAGCCUCGACACUAGUGAAGUCUGAGAAGGAGCGAGCGCUUCUCCUCACCAGGGCAGCGGUGGCGGAGGCGCAGGUGUCAGAGCUGCAGGACUACAUUGACAACCACCUGGGCAGGUAUAAACAAGAGAUCGCACAUCUCCACAGACGGCAUGGGAAAAAGGAGGCAGGACGUUGUUGCCAAAGCGCUAAUUCAGCUCUCCAUGAAUAGACUAGAACUUUAUUGUCCAGCUGGAGAAAGACAACUGUCACCAUCAGGGCCUUGGAGAGCCUGGUAUGAUGAUGAUGAUGAUGAUGAUGAUGAUGAUGAAGAAUAUAACACCUAAACACUCUCUGGUAGUGAGACGUCUAAUCGCUGCUUCACCUUCACUGCUGAUGGUGUUGGAGUCCAGUGCCAGGCGGGCGGUCCAGUCCCCUCUCAGCUCGUAGCGGAAGGACGCGAUCCGCCUGCUGAUGUCCUGGUGGGGCGUAGCUUGCAGGAACAGCGCCACCUUCUCGCCGGGCAAGCGGCUGAAGCACCGGACCCUGGGCGGGGGCGAGGUCUCGAGGCGGUCCCCGACCAGCAGCUCCAGGACCCCGUCCCUCUCCAGGUAGAGCUGGGCCCCGUGGAACUGCUCCGAGGGCUUGACGCAGGCGGUGAUGAGGCCCGAGCUGCUGCCGGCCCCGGGCCCCACGGCCACAGAGGGGAGGCGAGGUGAGAGGGUGAGACGCAGGGCGCCUUUGGGGUACAGCC